GGUGGUGGGGAACACCUUUAUUUUCAAAAAAGUCUCUAUUGCUUAGUGGUGUGGCCAUUUCUCGUCAAGAUGUUUACUCUCCGAAUCAAAUGAGUGCUGUAAUUAUGGCAGCUGCGAAGGUAUGGACUGGGAAUGUGCGAGCCUGCCUGCGUGUUCAUCAUGACACUCGUACAUUUUGUAAGGCGAUGAAGAUGAGAAAUUUGCCCGUGGUUUUGUUGGAUGGGGUCCGGUUUGCAUCGCUCGAGUCCGUGCAGCACGGAAAGGUGCGAACGCGAAAGGAUGUGGUAUCCGGGGAUUUGUGUGUGGCCAUACGGAAGCUCAAUGGUGUGGAGCUGAUGGAUGACGUUCAGCCAAGGGACCCUGCGAUUUUUCUCCGGGACGAGAAGUCGAAGACAUUUUCGGCCGAGGAGGCCAGGGAGAUUUAUUCCAUCAUUGUCAAAUCCCUCUCGCACAUCCUGGUAGUGGAUUCUGAGGUUAAAACGGUGGAAUGUGGCAUCAAAAGGAUCAUGGGGAACCCGACGGCGACGGAGCCAGAGACCCCAAAACUCACCGAUCUCAUCAGGUGGUUAAAAAGUAACAUGUCAACACACGAUGUGCUUCCCAUCUUUUCAACCCAAGACCGAACCGUUACAUUUUUCGUCAACCAGAAGAUAUUCAGGCGCAUAGGCCACAAUGACAAUGGGAGGCGGAAGAAGUAG